AAGUCUUGAUCGGACAAAUUUAAUUGCUCGGAAACUGCCAUUAAUGGCGAUGACGGUUAAAAUGUCUAUUCGUCUCGGUAGUCGACGCCAGUAGAGAGAUCUUGAGAUCUUCUCAAGGCUUCAACAACAGAUUUCAACAUCCAAGUCUUUGUCAGAAAGAAAAAGAUGGUGGAUGCUUUUGCCUUUUGGCUCCUUUUCUAAGAGUUUCUAGAGAGAUCUUGUCCGUUGGUUGCUCCGCUAGGGUUACAGCCUCUAAUCAAUGCAGCUUCAAGAUUACGCCAAUGGAGAUAUCAGUAUAGUUCCGUUAGCUUCGUUUUCUGUGCUACUUUGAAUGCCAAUUGCCAAAGUUCGAGUUCUGGAUCGAAAAGACUCUAGUCAUGGAGCUUUUGCUUCUUCAGUCACUUUUUUGACCCCGAAAUUUAGGCAUGCGGUGUGUGAUAGAUACUUGGUGAGUUGAUGUUUUCAGUUUGUAACAAUUUAGGUGAUUGGUGUUAGUAGGAAUGUCGGAAGUCACAGUAACAAAGACAUGGCGAGAGGAGCUUGCAAGCCUCGUGGAGAACCCAGGGAUAACUUACACCGAUGAUUCAAUUGGAGUCGCACCGGCGGCGGUGGAAAUGACGGCGACUAGUUUCAUUGGUGUUGAGGGACUCGAAAACAAUGCAGUUGAAGCAGAGAGCUUUAAGGAUCAAGUUAAAGGAUUCCUGACGGCCUCCGCCGAAAUGCUGAUUGAGUUGGGUAGAGGUUGCAGGGAUGUGGCGCAGCAGAAUUUUGGGAAUGAAGAUUCGUUUAUUGUGAAGAAGUUCGGUGGGCCUUGGGCAAAGGUUACUAGUAGACUCAGAUUCCUGAACGAUUACUUGCCGGAGGAUCGGGACCCGGUUCACGCCUGGCCGGUGAUUUUUUUGGUUUUCAUUCUCGCACUAUCAGCAUUGAAUGUAAAUACAGGACAGGACAGUUCUGUGCCACAGAUAAAGAAAGUGUUUAUACAUCCUCCUAGUGCUAGUUGUAUACAACUUCCUGAUGGAAGACAUAUUGCAUAUCAUGAUCAAGGUGUUCCAGCUGAACGAGCCAGGUUCUCCUUGAUUGCUCCACAUUCCUUUCUUUCAUCCCGACUUGCAGGAAUACCUGGAGUUAAAGCAUCACUACUGGAGGAGUUUGGUGUCCGCUUGGUAACAUAUGAUCUUCCUGGCUUUGGAGAGAGUGAUCCUCAUCCCAGCAGGAAUCUUAACUCAUCAGCUAUGGAUAUGUCAUACAUCGCGGAUGCCAUUGGUGUCAGUGACAAGUUCUGGGUGAUGGGUUACUCAGUUGGAAGCAUUCAUGCAUGGGCUGCGCUCAGAUACAUUCCUGACAGGCUUGCAGGUGCAACCAUGUUUGCCCCAAUGGUCAAUCCGUAUGAAUCAAGAAUGACAAAGGAAGAGAAGCAAAGGACCUGGGAGAAGUGGACAUCAAGAAAGAAACUGAUGUACUUCUUAGCUCGGAGGUUCCCUAGAUUUCUUGCUUUCUUCUACCACCGCAGUUUCCUAUCUGGGAAGCAUGGUCAAAUUGAAAAAUGGUUAUCAGUGUCACUAGGAAAGAGAGAUAGAGCUUUGGUAGAAGAGCCGACUUUUGAAACAUUUUGGCAGAGGGAUGUCGAAGAAUCAGUGCGUCAGGGAAAUCCCAAACCAUUUAUGGAGGAAGCAGUGUUACAGGUAUCAAAUUGGGGUUUCAGCCUUGCAGACCUUCAAGUGCAGAAGAAGCAGAAAGGAAAAGGCAUCCUCAAUUGGAUAAAAUCGUUGUAUAGUCAACCUGAAAAUGAAUUGAUAGGAUUUCUUGGUCCAAUUCAUAUUUGGCAGGGUAUGGAUGAUCGUGUUGUUCCACCGUCAAUGGCAGACUAUGUGCACCGAGUUUUGCCAGGAGCUACAAUUCAUAAGCUCUCUGGUGAGGGGCACUUCUCCUAUUUCUGUUUCUGUGAUGAAUGCCAUAGGCAGGUAUUUUCUACUCUUUUUGGAGCACCACAAGGUCCACUCAACAUAACUGUGGAAGCAGACCUAACAUCAUUAGAAGAAGUUGAAGAAUUUGACGAGGGCUCUCUGACUGCCAUGCACUGAAGUAUAUCAUAGUUUCCACACUAGUUUCAGGUUAACAAGGAAAAAUGAAUUUCUGUAAAUACCCCUGAUUUGCUUCUUUGCUAAUGGAGGAAAAAGGGAAAUCCCAAAAAUCAAUAAAUUAUUAGUCAAGUCCCAUUUCUGCAGUUAUUCUAGAGCAGGUGAUGAGUGCGAGCAUGGACAGUUUUGGAUGAGGCAUCAAGAGAAGAGGAAAUUGGUAGUAGCUUUAUUAUUUUUUCACACUCUUUCCUUUUCAUGGAAAUGGUCAUUCUGAUUCAUGUACUCAUCUUCAUUCUUCAGUAAAAAGUAACUAUCAUUUCUACU